UCAAGCAACUUAUCCUUUUGAGUUUCUCUCCACAGGAAAAGCCCGAGGUCCCACAGAAGAUGAAGGAAGUAUCAGAGCUGGAAUUCUCUGUACCUCUGGAGGAAGAAUCUCUGUACGUGGCCUUGUGGGAUUUUGACGCCCGACAGGAGCAGGGACAGGAGCAGGGACAGGAGCAGGGGCAGGAGGAAGUGUCCUUUCAAAGGGGAGACCGGUUUAAGGUUUUGGGUCGAAGCGAAGAAUGGUGGAAAGUCCAGAAGAUCGACCCAAACGGAAAAGUCCUGUCAUCUGGGAUUGUGCCGUUUAACUACCUCAUUGAGUCAGAGUCACUGAAGACAGAACCGUGGUUUCAUGGGACACUGACUCGCUCUGAGGCUGAGUCCAUUCUGAUGAGUCAAAACCAAAUUGGAGCUUUUCUCAUUCGACGCAGUGACAAGAACUCGGUGGGAUUUGUCUUCUCAGUGAACUCUCAGGUGAACCAUUUUAGAAUCCAGAAGAACCGAGAGAACAACUACCACCUGCAGCAGAUGCCGCACUUCUCCAGCCUGAGCGACCUGGUGCAGCACUACGGCCUCCACAGCGUCGGCUCUAUGGGCAAACUCACCGAACCGUGCAAGAAAAGACGAGAAAACGCGACGUAACGGGACUCAUUCUGCUGCCUGCUUGUGUUUAUAGACUCUGCACUAUUAAAAGGCCUGGACGUGAUUUCAAACCAUGAAUCAGGAGCACGGUUUAGUUUUAGUGAGCCGUACGAGCGUUCAUGGUCGUGUUUAUGAGUUUGAUUUUCGACAAAAGGUGAGCGGGACUUGCUGAAAAACUGUCGGCUGAUGAUAGCUGAAGCUUGAGGCUGUAAUUUUACGUGUGAGCGACUCGUUUAACAAUAAAAAUCACCUCACUUGUUGUAGUUUUAUGUAACCCUGCUCCUUCUGG